UACAAUGAAUGGAGGAAACUCUGGGGCGGUGUUCUUUCUGGGAACUAGAGCACAUUAUCAAGUCCUCAAUCAACCAGAACGCCCCUUCGAUGUGGAAAACGGCAACUCCUCGCAAACCGGAUCCACCGCUAGCUCUCUCUGGCCGGAUACUGACUCGCAAAAUAACGAGCGAUGGUGCAACGACAACGAUAUUAACGUAAACGAAGAGAAAGACACCGGUGUGAAAAGGAGAGCCAAGCGAAGACCGAGCGAGACGGCGCUAUGCGAGGACAUGAGACCAGCGCAGCUGAACGGCAAUGCCAAUGAGAGCGACACGCCGAAGACCAAAGGCCGUCGCGUGAACUUCUUCAACGCCAUAACGUCGCUCGCGCGGCGCAAGCGCCGCCUCCAGACGCACACUUACCUGAAGCACUUGGCUGCGCUCACCACCUGCACCUACCGGGACUCGUGCCGGUGUCUAGAGUGCCAGAGCCGCUAUUUUGAAUGUGACGAAGACGAAGAAUCCUCGGAAGAUGAUGAGUAUGAGUACUACGCCGCUCUCUACGCGAGCCAGGUCAACAAGUGUCAACAUGACGAUGAUGACGAGGUUUUCAUCGACACAGCGCCCGGCGACACCGCGUCCACGGACAUGCUUCUCGACGCGGACGAGCCGAAGGAGAAGUCAGUCUCUUCGGACACCGUGUCCGACAACACGGAGCCGGAGCCCGACCCGCAUCUCGAGAUGGAGGUGGCAGCUGGCACUCCGAUAGUUCUGAACUAUCUGCUCACCCAUCCUUUCCAUUGCUGUAUCCAGUAGGACAGAAAAACGCGCUUUUGACCCGGAACACAAGCUUGUCAUGUAGGGUAAUCGCGCGGUUUCGGCUUCGAUCAGUCAAGUGUAAAAAUAUGGGUGUACACAUCUUACUCAAAAAUAUGUCCUAUAGCAUCUUAGUCCGGUGUAAUAAGAGCGUUAGUACCAUAUUUAUGAGACGAUUAUUUCGAUACGUAUUUUUGCACUUGAUUGACCGAGCCGGCGCAGAUGUGGACAGUAAGGACAUUUUCAUCUGAAAUCAGUCACUGAUAUCACUAGCGAGUAAGGUCGUUCUCUCGGCGACUAACUUUUUUUUAAGGACAUUCUUACACAGAUUGAACGAGGCCCACGGUAAGCUCAAGAAGGCUUGUGUUGUAGGUACUCAGACAAUGAUAUAUAUGAUAUAUAAAUACUUGUAUU